UGGGGGGCAACACCCUGUUCACCCUUUAUGCUAGCAGUGUCUGGCUCAUCCAAAUCUAACAUUUUUGUCUCUACCUACAUACUCCUACAAUUAACUUAAUUCCUUCCCCCAUCCCAAUUUUUUUUUCAAAAGAAAAUAACACUAAUCCUUCCAUCAUACAUACUAGUAGCCAGUUAGCCACACCCACACAUUCUCCUAUAAAUGACCACCACUCCAACAAUUUGAGAUUCAUCACAAAGAAAGCUAGCAGUGUCAUCUCAUAUCACAAAGGUGACCAAAUGGCACUAGGAUUAGCAGCUCUUCUCAUUCCUCUUCUUCUGGUGAUGGUGCCAUCAGAGGCUCAGCCAUCUCCUGGCUACUACCCGAGCAGAGUGUACAGGUCGAUGGCCUUCUCCGAGGGGUACAGCACCCUGUGGGGCCCGCAGCACCAGACUCUGUCCCAGGACCAGAAGUCGCUCACCUUGUGGAUGGACCGUAGCUCAGGGAGUGGGUUCAAGUCGACACGGUCGUACCGGAACGGCUACUUCGGGGCGUCGAUCAGGGUGCAGCCGGGCUACACCGCCGGCGUCAACACGGCCUUCUACCUGUCGAACACGGAGAGGUACCCGGGGCAGCACGACGAGGUGGACAUGGAGCUGCUGGGGACGGUGCCGGGGGAGCCGUACACGCUGCAGACGAACGUGUACGUCCGCGGCUCCGGCGACGGCAACAUCGUCGGGCGGGAGAUGCGCUUCCACCUCUGGUUCGACCCCACCGCCGGCCUCCACCACUAUGCCAUCCUCUGGAACCCCGACCAAAUCCUGUUCUUGGUGGACGACGUGCCGAUCAGGAGGUACGAGAAGAAGGUGGAGGGGACGUUCCCGGAGAGGGAGAUGUGGGCCUACGCCUCCAUCUGGGACGCCUCCGACUGGGCCACCGACGGCGGCCGCUACCGCGCCGACUACCGCUACCAGCCCUUCGUCUCCCGCUUCGCCGACCUCAAGAUCGCCGGCUGCGCCGCCGCGACGGCCCCCUGCAGCCCCGUGCCGGUGUCCGGCGGUGGCUCCGGCGCCGCGGCGCUCAGUCCGCAGCAGGAGGCCGCCAUGGCGUGGGCGCAGCGCAACGCCAUGGUCUACUACUACUGCCAGGAUUACUCCAGAGACCACACCCUCUACCCCGAGUGCUGAUGAGCAUAUACCCGUCAAGAUUAAUUGCUUGGCUCAUUGCUUCGUUGAAUUCAUGUGCGUGUGCAUGUAUGAACUGCAUGACGCCCAGCCCAGCUACAAUGUGGUAGUCGAGGCGUGCAUGAGUUCACCAAAAAUGUUUGCUCGUCACUUCAUUUGCUGUGUCAUGAGCUUGAGCUGCCAUUUCAGGCGUAACUGAAUCACUCUGUAUGUUGCUGCGUUAAGUGUUUUAUGGUAAACGAUUUUAAACUCUUCGAGAGUACGUUCUCUUGUUGUGGUUAAAAACUGGCAGUGCUUGGAUUCUAUCA